AUUUUACCAAUGGACUCCAUCUCAGUAGCCAAUGGCAACUUUACUCUGGACUUUUUCAAAAAAUUGAAUCAAUCAUUUCCAGGCAAAAACCUUUUUUUUUCCUCAUGGAGUAUCUCAACUUCCCUCUCCAUGGUUUAUUUGGGAGCAAGAAAUAACACUGCCACCGAGAUGGCCAAGGUGCUUCAUUUCAGUGGAAGAAAAGAAACAGAAAGUUCUCCAUCUUCCCAGGAACUGGAUCUCGGCAAAGGUGAAGAGCUCCAUCGUUUGUUCCAGGAACUGAUUUCUGAAAUUAACAAAACCAGAAGCACCUACUUGCUUAAAACUGCCAACAGACUAUAUGGAGAACAAACUUUUCAGUUCUUUAGUGAAUAUCUGCAGCUUGCUAAGAAAUAUUAUCAUGCAGAGCCACAAAUGGUGGAUUUUUUGACAGCUGCAGAACAAGUCAGAAACCAGAUCAACUCUUGGGUUGAAAGUGAAACUGGCAACAAAAUCAAGGAUCUGUUGCCGAAAGAUGCAGUUGAUGAUAAGACUGCAUUGGUCCUAGUAAAUGCAAUUUAUUUCAAAGGGAAGUGGGAGACAAAAUUUGAGAGAGAAAAUACAGCUGAGAAGCCUUUCAGAAUGAGUAAGACCAUAUCAAAGCCUGUUCAAAUGAUGUUUCUAAAGAGUAAGUGUCCAGCUUUCUACAUUGAUACUCUGAGAGUAACUAUUCUUGAGCUUCCGUAUGUGAAUAAAGAGCUCAGCAUGUUCAUCCUGCUUCCAGAUGACAUCACAGAUGAUUCUACUGGUCUGGAACUGCUGGAAAAAGAAUUAACUUAUGAGAGACUAUCGAUAUGGACCAGUCCAGAAAUGAUGGAGAACAUGGAAGUGGAGGUUCACUUGCCCAAGAUGAAACUGGAAGAGAGUUAUGACCUUGGGUCCACCCUAAGCAGUAUGGGAAUGAUGGAUGCCUUCAGUGAAAGCAGAGCCAAUUUCACAGGAAUGUCCAAGAAAAACAACUUGUUUUUAUCAAAGGUGUUUCACAAGUCCUUUGUUGAGGUCAAUGAAGAGGGCACUGAGGCAGCGGCUGCCACUGCAACAGUGGUUGUAGUAAGAUCAUCUCAAAAACCUCUAACAUUUGAGGUAGACCAUCCUUUUCUCUUCUUUAUCAGGUACAAUAAAACAAAAAGCAUCUUGUUCUUCGGUCGAUUUUGUUCUCCCUAG